AAUAUAAUUAUAAAAUUUGGCGUGGUGGUCCUAAAGGUUGUAUCUCUGAAUUUGGCUUUCCCCCACAUAUAGUUACAAAACAAUUAAUUGCUCUCAGUAACAGCCCUACAGCUCUGAAGAACAUGUAUUUAUUGGAAUUUCAUUCCUCCCUUGGCCUAGUAUCUUUAAUUCCUAAAGCUCUAGAUCAUAUCCUUCAAGAGUUCCAGCAAAUCUGUAGGCCAAAUACAGCCUGUGAGGCCAUUCAUUUGGAGGAACGAAUACUUCAACUUUCGCUGGAUGGAUGGAUGACCAUGGAAAAUCCAGAAUCUUUUUAUGGUGCUCAAAUUCAGAGAGAUAUAUUUGCAGAUGUUCUGGUUGAGGAUCCUCUCAUUAUAAGAGAAAUUGUUACAUUAGCCUUGAAAUCAAUAUCAGAAGAAGAACAGAGAUCGAGCAAAGAAAAACAAACUAUUACUCUGAAUGUCUUUUCAAGACUCCUUGAACUUCUAACCCUCCGUCAUCGGUUGAUUGAGGCAGCAGUAGAAGGAGCACAGCUGGGCAGACUGUACAAAGAAUUUGCAGAAGAAAUGGGCUUUAAUGAGUUUCAUUUGUACUUACGGCCUGUGUACUUUGAAUGUGCAACUCACAAAGAGAAGGCUGAUCAGUUCUCACCAAUAUUCAUCGCUUCACUUUUAGAAGAUCACGACAUUAAUGUGGACAGAUAUAUUCCUUCUAACUUAAUGUUAGAAAUCCAAGAUAUAGACAAUCAAAUUGGAAAAUUUAGCUUUUGCACCAGGGAGAGCAUUCUUCAGCUGUUACUGAAGCCGUAUGGACUGGAAAACUUGCAGAUUGCUCUUGCUUGCCAAGUCACACAUAAAAACAUGCUCCUUGUAGCUGUUCAGCAGGCUGCAUUUUGUCCUUCAGUGCAGCCCAUACUAACUGGAGACUUAAAGGAAGGACACCUGAGUGUGAAAGGUCAGAGCAGCAGCUCACCAAAUGGAAGAAAUUCUACAGUUGGGAGUGAAGCAGAGGAUACCUUGAUGUCUCAUUCCAUUAGGCGAUUGGCAGCUGGAGGUUGCAAUUCAAAGAGACCUACCGAGGCUUUUGUUUCGAUUCAACUGGAGAAACAGGGUCCACGUGACCUUAUGCUGAAUACAUUCAUUCAGAAGAAACAAAUCUUGGGAAGUCGAAUACAAAAUCCAGAUGAAGCUGAAAAAGUCAAGAGAGAAGUUAUUGCUGAAUAUUGCCACAGGUUGACUCACCGUAUGUCUCAGUACUCUCUUCGAAGUCAGAUUGUUGCCUAUUAUAACAGUAUAAAAGCAAUGCUGGAUGACUUUCCCAGGGUGAAAAACAAAUACUUUACCAUAGGAUUGCCACAAGACAAAAAAGAUGAAAAAGAAUCCAAAGAAAAAGUUAACAGUGAUCCCAGGUCAUUCCAGCCACGACCUCGUUGCUUGCUGUCCAGUGAUGGACAAUCCUUCUUGAACCUGUGGUUCAUCCCUCACCCUUCAGAAACCCUAGCUGUAUUCAAAAUGCUACCAGAGAAGGUUGGCUGCGAUGCCCUGCGGCACACAUUGCAAAUCGUGGCAUCCUUUCACGACGUUAUUGCAUACAUUUUCAGUUUUGCUCAGCUAGGAAGUGCACCAGGCUGCUUGGAUUACAGGUGUCCUUCUGAACAUCUCACAGCAGACUGGGGAGGGACUGAGCAGAUUGGAAUUGAACUUCUUGAAAUACAGAAAAACAUAGACAGCCUUCCAAACUCGUCAGAUCCAAAGAAAGUGUCUCACAUGCUGACCAUGCUCAAAGAAGUGAAGUUUCUUCAAUUUGAAGCAGCAGUGAGAUAUUCAAUGAGGGAAGCAUUUUUAUCAUCUGGAAAUGUUUCUGCAUAUCAGAGUAUUACAGACAACAUUUACCACGCAUUGCCUCCCAUGAGUAAUGCAGUUUUUGGAAGUGCAUUUGCUUCCCAACUCCAAAUUCCACAGCUAUUAGAUCCACAUGGCCAGAGAGCAUUAAUGCUGUUUCCCUGGAGGACAUUCCUAGCAAAAGGAGAUCUAUUUCCUGACACCAUAAGCAACCUAAAUCCCAUCAAUUCUAGUAUGCAGUUAUGUCUAUGUGGUCUGAGCACUGAGGAUCAAAAAGUAGCUCAUGGAGAGCUGAUUGGGAUACAGUUUGUAAUGGAAGAUGUUCUCUGGAAUUCCGAAAUUCUGACCGACCACCAAGAAGUGCAAAAACCGUUCAGAAAGGUUUCAGCAGCAUCAACAGCUGAAGCAAAAGGAAAAGCUUUAACAGCACCACCUGACACAAUGACCUCAUAUGCCUUGCAGAGAUCGUAUCUGAUACAAUGGAAGCAGCUGGAAAUGUUAAAGGCAGAAUGGGGAAGACUUAAAUUGAAAGUUGAGGAUAUCAACACAGCUUCUCUGUAUAAGCAGUUUUCUGAACUAUAUGAAGCUGAAAUCUUUCAUGCUGCAAUGAAAUUCAUAGCCAGACAUUGGGGUAUAGAGGAUGAGUUUGAAGAAUAUGGCACCAUCCAACCAUGUUCACUCUUCCCUAAAGAAGUUUCAAAAACUGAUGUAAUAACACACCAGAUUCAAAAACUUUUGGAAAAUUUAGAAAUACAUAUGAUCCAUGAUGUACAAAAGAAAAUUAACAAAGAAAUAACACUGGUUUUAUCUGAAAAAGCAAGGGAAGAGAGGCACCUCCCCACAGAACUCUGGAAGCAUCACAGCAUGCAAGAAAUGUUCUCUGUCACAAGGCCCGUAAUUGUUGAAUCAUUUAUACAGAGGCUAAUGGAAGAUCAUCAAGAAAUUAAUGCAGAGAUUAUCUUUCAAAGGGACCACUUUAAAAAAUGCCUCACCUCUCUAGCUUGUGAUGUCAUGGCCAGAGAACGUAGCAACUUUGAAACCUACUCCAUGUUCUAUGAAAAUCUGCUCCGUCGGCAACAUCAGCUACUAUAUCAAAAAGAACAGGAAGUGCAUGUCAUAGAAGACAAUACAGGAGUUGUUGCUGUUGAAGUGGAUCUGAGUCAAAUAGCUAGACUGAGUCAUGAGAUGAUUCUGGAAAUAACUGCUUUGCGAGCCAAAGUUACUGAUCUGCAAAGAGAAGAUCACAAUAUCAAAGAAAAGAUAAGAAAAGAAGUUCAAGAGGAUUAUGAAACAUUGAUACAAAAUAUAUUUUUGGUGUGUCUGCAAAUAAAAGGGAAAGUAGAUGAAUAUCGUCUAAGCAUGAACAAACAAAUGUCAGAAAUCAUCAGUGAAGUGAGAAAAGAGGGUGUGGAGAAAAUUAUUAAUCUGAAGAAAAAGUUUGGCUCUACAAAGGAUUACAGUGCGCUUGAAGAACAUUUGGCUCAGCAGGGGAAGUUGCAGGAACUACGGGAUGAAAACAGUGAAUUGGAGAAGUUAUUAUGCAAACUGAAGGUCUUAAAGGUCUGGAAAGAAACAAUGCAAAAAGCACAAUUUUUGACAACAUUGCAAGAAGUAGAGAAGGAGGCUGUUCAGAAUAAAAAAGAGUGCUUACAAUCCCAAAUGAAGGCGGAAGAAGAGGCCAUUUUAUUUAAUCAUCAGUUGAGAGCUAUAAGGAAAGUCUUGGCAGAAUCUCAGACCGAAAAUAAAAAGCUGAAGCAACAACUAGAGAAACAGGAAUACUUACUUCAGGAAGCAGAACGUAAGAUUAAUCGAGAAUUUUGUAAAAGACAGCAAUUAGAUUUGAUUAAGACAGCAAACUUGGAAAAAAUGUUAGGAAACCUUGGGGGGAGAGAAGUGAAGUUGUUCAACCUGACAGAAGAAUCAGAAAAAUCCUCUAAAACAAGACAUCUUCAGGAAGCAAAGAUGAAGAAAGAAAUUCAACAAAUAAGAAGCCAGCUGACCCAGGAACGCAAUUUAAAACUGAAUGCUUUCCAGAGGAUACACGAGCUGCAGUGUCAACGUUAUGACUCAGAAGCUGCAAUUUCCCAGAAAUGUUCCCCUGCAGUUACAAGGUCUGCUAAUCUUUCACACAUUACUAAAAGCAAACCUUACUAUUUUCCAGGCUCUUCUUUAUGCAGUCAGAAUGCAGAAUUGCCAACAUUCAUAUUAACCAAGGAUUCCACUCAGAAUCUUUUGACAGCCAAAACCAAGUUAAAGAAGAUUCCUAGACCAAAAACAGUACCUUCAGGAUGGAGAAAAAGAACAGAUGUUCUAUUGCCAGAUCUUACCCAAACCUCACAUUCUACUUUUCCUGUGCAACAAGAGUGAAAGCCAUCUCAAAAAUAAACUGCUACUAGAUUUGUCAUUGACCAAGACUGAAAACAUUACUGUGGACACAGUUGCUGUCAGUAAUUGUUAAUAAAACUUUUCCUACCAUAUUUUCUUCAAUGCUUUUGAGUAAUAAUAUGAGAAUAAAAGUUUUUGGCUUUGUCAUGCCAUAUUGAAAUUUCAUUGUUGUUCUUUUGAGUGUUACUUAUUGUCAUUGUACUUUCCUCAACGUACGACCACAAUUGAGCCUAAAAUUUAUGUUAAGAGAGAAAUUUAAGUGGGUUUUGCCCCAUUUUACAACUUUUCUCACCCCAUUUGUUAAGUGAAUCACUGCAGUUCUUAAAUUAGUAACAUGGUUAUUAAGUGAAUUUAGUUUCCUCGUUGACGUUUCUUGUCAGAAGGUUGCAAAAGGAGAUCACUGCAACAUUGCAACAUUCAUAAAUGUGAGUCAAUUGUUAAGCAUCUGAAUGUAAAUAAUGUGACAAUGGGGAUGCUACAAUGGUCACAAGUCCCUUUUUCAGUGCUGUUGUAACUUCGAAUGGUCACUAAAGGAACUAUUGUAAAUCAAGGACUACCUGUAUAUAAUGCACAUGCGUUGUAUAAAACUGUAGUUUGAUAUUUCUUAAACAAAUUAUCUCUUGGGUCCCCUAAAUAACCAAUGCCUUACAAAAUACGUAGCACAGUUACAUGCUGUCAAUGUAACGUUUAUUAGGUUGUUUAUGUAGUCUAGCGCUAAGUAACUUACUUGGACAAA